AUGUCUCGACGACCGGUUAUCGCAAUCGCAGGACUUGCCUGUGAGACCUCUAGCUUUUCCCCCGCUCGAACACUCGGUGGGGCAUUCCACCCGCGCCGUGGCUCGGAAGUGAUUGACCAGUACGCCUUUUUACAUCAUGGCACUCGACUAGCAGAUGUCGCAGAUUGGAAGGGUGCACUCAUAGGUCAUGCUCUUCCAGGUGGAGUCGUGGUACGAGCUGAUUUUGAACAACUCUCCAGGGAAAUCCUUGAGCGGUUGGCUGGAAUGGUCGCCUCAAACCCUAUUGACGGAUUAUGGUACGAUAUCCAUGGCGCAAUGUGUGUUGAGGGUAUGAAAGAUGUGGAAUCAGAGCUUCUCCGGCGAAUUCGAACUGUCAUUGGCCCAGAUGCUUUGGUCUCGGCAUCCAUGGAUUUGCAUGGAAAUGUGUCCAGGGAGCUGGCCCACCAGACUGAUUUGAUCACUUGUUAUCGGAUGGCACCCCACGAGGAUGAACUUGAAACAAAGGAAAGGGCAUGUCGCAAUCUGGUCAAUGUUUUGGUAUCGGGAACCGGCACUUGGAGAGGGAAUAGACCUCUGAAAGCAUGGGUCCCAAUUCCCAUCUUGCUGCCGGGAGAGCAGACUUCGACUCGCAACGAACCAGCAAAAAGUCUGUAUUCGCUCGUUCCCGAAAUCGAAGCGAUGGAUGGUGUCCUCGAUGCAGCCAUAUGGGUUGGCUAUGCGUGGGCAGAUGAGCCACGAAAUCAUGCAGUGGUGAUGGUCACUGGGUGGAACAAGUCCGCCGUCGUUAGAGGAGCCAAGCGCCUCGCAUCUUUGUUCUGGCGUGUCCACAAGGACUUCCAUUUCGUUGCUCCGACAGGCUCUUUCUCUGAAUGCAUUGAAAGCGCACUGGUAUCCUCAAAUAGGCCCUUUUUCAUCUCUGAUUCGGGAGAUAAUCCCACCGCUGGUGGAUCGGGCGACGUGACCUUCGGAUUAAACAAAUUACUAAAUCGACCGGAAUUUCAGAAAGAUACUGGCCCAUCUGUGAUUUAUGCUAGUAUUCCGGGACCACAAGCAAUUAAUGUCAUAAUCAAGGCUGGUGUCGGCGCUACUGUCACGGUCACCGCUGGGGCACAAGUGGACAAUCUACAUGCUGGACCCAUCACCAUGACUGGACGCGUUCAUUCCAUCAGGUAUGGAGAUCGAGAUGCGGAGGUUGAAGCGGUACUACAGGUUGGAAGUGUGUUUACGAUUCUGACCAAUUUACGCAAACCAUAUCACUAUGAAAGUGAUUUUCUCGGUCUUAGCCUUAGUCCGCGUACAACAGACAUUGUCAUAGUCAAGAUCGGCUAUCUUGAGCCAGAGCUGUUUGAUAUGGCAGCAGACUGGAUGCUUGGUUUGACUCCUGGUGGCGUUGACCAGGAUCUAAAGCGUCUUGGGCAUCAUAGUAUCCUCCGUCCAAUGUGGCCCUUUGACAAAACGUUCAACAGGGCCCCAGAUCUCACCCCACAGCUGAUUCCAUUCUCAAAUGAAGAGUUGGAAACGGAUCAGCGAAUGAAGUUUUGA